AUGUACAAUAAUCCCGUUAUCCCCGGGUUCAAUCCCGAUCCCUCCAUCAUUCGCGUGGACAAGGACUACUUCCUGGUCACCUCCUCGUUCGAAUACUUCCCCGGCGCCCCCAUCUACCACAGCUCCGAUUUGAUCCGCUGGACCCUGAUCGGCCAUGCACUGACCCGUCCCAGUCAGAUCCAGAUCCAUACCCCGGAGCCGGGCGGGGGAGUCUGGGCUACGACCUUGAGAUAUCACGAUGGGGUGUUCUAUAUCACUGCUGCGAGUUUUGCGCGGUAUCGUCCGCAGCAGGAUGAUCGUGUCUGGCCGAGGGGGUUCUAUGUCAAGACAACCAACAUCUGGGAUUCGGACUCGUGGUCCGAUCCGGUGUACUUUGAUGAACUUGGGUUCGAUCAGGAUCUAUUCUGGGAUGACGACGGCACUGUCUACCUCUCAUCCACAUACCGAAAACUCCAUCGCACCCCCAAUGCCAAUCUCAAAGACUUUGCCGUCCACAUCGUCACCGUCGAUCUGGCUACCGGCAACUCCACCUCCGAGCCCAAGUUGAUCCGCGAAUCCACCUCCGGCGUAGCAGAGGGCUCCCAUAUCUUCAAACGAGGGAAGUACUACUAUCUCUUUACCGCCGAGGGCGGCACCGAGAGCGGCCAUUGCGAGUGGGUGUUUCGUAGUGAAACGAGCCCGUUUGGACCGUGGGAGACCGGUCCGAACAAUCCUCUAUGGAGGAAUGGAGUCAACGACGAAGUGCAGAACACAGGCCAUGCCGAUCUGGUGGAGGAUGCGCAGGGGAGAUGGUGGGCGGUGUUACUAGGCGUUCGACCGGUGCGUACAGGUGCCGGUUGGGAGGAGUCUGUCUUUGGACGCGAGACUUUUCUGGUUCCUGUUGAAUGGAAGGACGACUGGCCGGUGUUCAACAAUGGGCAGAGAAUCUCGCUCCAGGGCGACAGUCCGCAUCUGUAUCAGUUCGAACACCCCGUCGCCUGGAGAGACGAGUUUUCCCAGCCAACGCUCCAGCUCGGGUGGUAUCGGAAGAAUACCCCGGUGAAAGAGGAUUACUCUCUCACAGAGCGCCCAGGCUAUCUCCGUCUCCAUGGGGGACCAUACAACCUCUCCGUCCCUACUUGUCCGACGCUGUUCUUGCGGAAACAGACACACCGCGUCUGUACGUGGGAGACACGACUGUCAUUCAGCCCGUCGUCCCCUUAUACAGAGGCCGGGACCGUCGUGUGGUGGAACUACUUGACCUACAGCAGCAUCGGUAUCAGCCUUUCAGCAUGGGGUGGUCCUCGCGUGGUGAGGUGGCGGUCCGCUGACGGCCAGUGUACCGACUUACAGCUAUCCAGUGCUACAUCAGAGGUCAUCUUCGUUAUCAAAUGUGGUGAUCGCUAUAAGUUUGGCUAUAGGGAGGUGGACGAGCCGACAGACACCGUGCGAUGGAUUGGAGAAGCCAAAAACACCGACUUCACCAAUGCUUCUCUACCAGUGGGAGCUCCAUUCACAGGAAUGAUGCUGGGAUUGUAUUCGUUUGGCGAAAGACAACGAUGUCUAGUGCCCGCGGACUUCUCGUACGCCGAGUUUAAAGAGUCAGUCUAA